AUGGCACAACACACCUGCUCGGUCUGCAGCAAGGCAGCACCACAACCAGCCUUGGUGUGUAUGACAUGCUUCGAGUCGUCCCCGUCGGUUGGCGCAAACUCCACCUCACCUCACUACUGCCGCACUCACUGCCGCAACAACGACGCCAACAAACACGGUUCCGCCUGCAUCGAGAAGCGUCUUAGCCGCGCCGCCAAUAUUCUCCAAGCUUCCUUCCACCUCUGGCGCGAGGUUGCCUUCGAUCUGAAGAUUAGGAAGGUCCAGAAGAAGAAUGGCAUCCUCUACGCGUACGAGCACUACUACAAAGCGAACCAAGAGGAGGAGGACGCACUUUUCGACUUUCCAAAUGAGAUGUUCCAGAAUCCAGAAGACAAGGCCGCGCUCCUGACCUAUCUGGCGUGUGACGAUGCUGCCGUCUACAUGUUCGAGUUGAGCAAGAUGCUUCUCAAGAAAUGCUAUCUCUCGGUUUCCCGCGACAAGUGGAUCAUCAAACGGAUCUAUGGCAACGGCAUCGAAGACACCAGCGAGUACAUGCACGCCACUCUGGCGGUCGAAGCCACCAAUGGCAAGUCCUACUUUGUCGACAUGGGUGGCGCUCAAUUCGGCCAGCAUCGUGCUCUGGCUCCCUUCCAAGAUUGUCUCGAGCAGUACAGCGCCAAAUUCGCCCAAGUCCACCCCCACGGCUUCUAUGCCAACGAGCAGAAGAAAUUUCGAGAGGGCAAGCAGUACUUCGAGGGACACAUGGCGGAGGGCAUGGGUGGAAAGUACGACUACCGGAUCAUGCAUGUGCAGACCGAGAUGCUGGAGUCUUUCCUGAAUGGGGUGAAGAAGUGGGAGACAGACAAGAAGAUGAAGGUGCAGCAGAUGGUGAACUGCCGGGAGGCAGAGUUUGAGGAGCUGAAGACAUCGUUGUUGAGGGCGAUGAAGGAGGCCAUGCAGAUGUUCCUCAUGACCUGGAAGCUCGGCGGGUGCAAGGUCAAGGCGCACCCUGAGAAGUCGAAGCAAGCCCAGAUGCCGGACUGGAUGCUGGCGGCGCAGAAGCAGCUUGCCGGACCAUCAGAGUGUACGGUCCACCCAAAGGGACCAGGCUCCGGGGCGUACCAGCAGUUCAAGGCGAACAAGGAGGCGAGGGUGUGUCAGAACAUGGCACAGAACGAUAUCGACGUCGUUGAGCAGUUCAAGGCCGGUGGUGGACAUGUGUUCCAUGUCUGA